UCAUGCGGCUCCCUCGCUGACACCUGAAAUCCACCUCUCGCCGUCCUCCUGGGGAUCGCGGGGUCGCCGAGCUUGCCGCCCUCGGCUGUUGAAGUCAUCGUUGUGCGGGCCCGCGGCGUUCGUCCAUGGAGCUCAGGCGGGGCGGCGAUGGCCCCCCACGGGGGCCCGUCCUGCACAUCGUGGUGGUCGGCUUUCAUCACAAGAAGGGCUGCCAGGUCGAGUUCUCUUACCCACCCCUGAUUCCAGGAGAUGGACAUGAUAGUCACAGCUUACCUGAAGAGUGGAAGUACUUGCCCUUCCUUGCCUUACCAGAUGGCGCACACAACUACCAAGAAGAUACUGUGUUUUUUCACUUGCCACCCAGAAAUGGAAAUGGAGCCACUAUAUAUGGUAUCUCUUGCUAUCGACAGAUUGAAGCCAAGGCAUUGAAAGUACGACAAGCAGAUAUCACCAGAGAGACUGUUCAAAAAAGUGUCUGUGUUCUAAGCAAGCUGCCUCUCUAUGGCUUACUCCAAGCAAAACUUCAACUCAUUACACAUGCAUAUUUUGAAGAGAAGGAUUUUUCCCAAAUUUCCAUUCUAAAGGAGCUCUAUGAACAUAUGAAUAGUUCCCUGGGAGGAACUUCGUUAGAAGGAUCCCAGGUAUAUCUUGGUUUAUCUCCUCGGGAUCUUGUACUUCAUUUUCGACACAAGGUUCUAAUCCUAUUUAAACUAAUUCUUCUUGAAAAAAAGGUUCUCUUUUAUAUUUCUCCAGUGAAUAAAUUGGUGGGUGCCCUGAUGACUGUGUUAUCCCUUUUUCCAGGCAUGAUUGAACAUGGACUCAGUGACAGUUCUCAGUACAGACCCCGAAAGAGUAUGUCUGAAGAUGCUGGGCUUCAGGAAAGCAAUCCCCCUGCAGAUGAAUUUGUUUCUAUGCCUGUUUCUGACAUUUCAAAUACCAACUUGGGAACUGUCAAGAAAAUCCUGGGAAACCAUGGAGGAGAUGCAGCCAUCAAAACUGAAGAACCUUUGUUCCAGGUAGAAGAUGAUAGCAGUGAACAAGAAGCCAGUGAUAGCAAUCAGUAUCUGAAACCUCCUUCUCGCCCAUCUCCAGAGUCUUCAGAAAGUGACUGGGAGACCUUGGAUCCUAGUGUCUUAGAGGAUUCCUCCUUGAAAGAACGAGAACAGGUGGGGUCAGAACAGACAAACUCAUUUCCAAAGGACUCUUUGCCCUCAGAUAGUCCUCCGAUUACUGUUCAACCUCAAGCUAAUACCGGCCAGGUGGUCCUAAUACCAGGGCUGAUUUCUGGCUUGGAGGAGGACCAGUAUGGCAUGCCCCUGGCCAUCUUCACAAAGGGAUAUCUGUGUUUGCCUUACAUGGCACUACAGCAGCAUCAUCUUCUCUCUGAUGUCACCAUUCGAGGAUUUGUUGCUGGAGCUACUAACAUCCUUUUUCGACAACAGAAACACCUCAGUGAUGCCAUUGUGGAAGUAGAAGAAGCUCUGAUCCAGAUCCAUGAUCCAGAACUUAGGAAGCUGCUCAAUCCAACCACUGCAGACCUAAGGUUCGCAGAUUACCUAGUGAGGCAUGUGACUGAGAACCGGGACGACGUCUUCCUGGACGGCACGGGCUGGGAGGGAGGAGACGAGUGGAUCCGAGCCCAGUUUGCAGUCUAUAUCCAUGCACUGUUGGCCGCCACACUGCAGCUAGAUAAUGAAAAGAUCUUAUCGGACUAUGGGACGACCUUUGUUACAGCUUGGAAGAACACUCACAACUACAGGGUCUGGAACAGCAACAAGCACCCAGCACUUGCAGAAAUAAAUCCAAACCAUCCUUUCCAAGGACAGUACUCAGUGUCAGACAUGAAGUUAAGAUUCUCACAUUCUGUUCAAAACAGUGAGCGUGGCAAAAAACUUGGAAACGUCAUGGUUACAACAAGUCGGAAUGUUGUACAAACAGGAAAAGCUGUUGGCCAGUCGGUUGGAGGAGCUUUUUCCAGUGCAAAGACAGCUAUGUCUUCAUGGCUUUCUACUUUCACGAGUUCCACUCCACAGAGUCUCACUGAGCUGCCUGACGGGAAACCCUGAGCCGAGCAAGCCACCCAGAAGCUGCUGUCGUUUUCUUAGGUUUUAAGCGUCCCCUGUCUGUCUACUGCUCCCAGACUGUUCCUCUUCAUCGGCUGUAGGUCCACAGCAGGGGACCAAUAGGUCGAACUGUUUACAUGGACGGUUGCCCUCUGUCUAAAUGAAUGUCAUGGGACACUGAAAAGAUGAAAACCACAACCGCAGCCGGGAUGGCUUCCCAGGUUGGGGUUUAAAUUGACUACAUUUAUUUCAGUCUGAGCCUGAUUAAAACACACAGUGAACCUUCUAAUGAAUUUUGAGUUCUGACAUUAUACAUUUGUUUACUUUAGAAAAGUUUCUCCUUGAUGUAAGUUUUAUUCUGUUGUUGCUGUCUGAAUAUCCAGAUGGAUAUUUAUACCUGCUAAGAUUAAGUUAUAUUACUAUUUUAAUUUCUCUAAAGUGAGCCCUAAAAUGUUCUGAUAGCGUGGAGGGGCCAUAUAAUCCAACCCUUUGCUGUUAUUUUGCUGAGUUAUAUGAGGAUUUUUUUGUUUGUUGGUUCUCUACCUGCAAAACAGAUUUGUCAUUCACUUCCUCCUGGAAACCAUAGAAGUCAGAGGUGGUAGUUCUGAGGAUGGAGUGUUUGUGAUUUUAAUUUAUCCUUUUCCCAUCCUACACACUUGCUUUGAGGUGUCAAGGAGUGUCACUGUGCUUUCUUCCUCUUCCUAAUUGUU